GAAAGCGAUGGAGAUGGUAGCGUCGUCUGGAGGUGUAUGCACUGCAGGGGUCUGGUGAGGAAGAACGUUAGUGCAAUGGGAGGUUAUGAACGGACGUAUGUGGUUCGAAUAUUGAAGAUACUCACUGUGAAACCCGUCUGCUCUCCAGAUCCGGAACUAGGCGCAUCUCGGUGUGGGGAAUCGGAAUUCGUCGAACCGCUACUUUGGUUGGGUGAAGGAUAUGGCCACAAGCUAGAUGUGUCCAUGGUAUGACGCUGUGGAUAGAUAGAAUAUAAAUGUCCGAAACAACUCGCGCGUGAUUAUUUCCCCCCGUGUGAUCUCAACACGUUGCCUGCGUUAGGGCCAGGAGGCGGAGGGAGCCGCGGCGGCACCCAAGCGGAUGUGGGAUCGUGUCCGUUAAAAAUAUGGACACCUGGCGCUUGGAAAGACUUCGUCAAGCUUCUCCGGCCAAUGGGAUUGAACCACGGUAUGUUUCGUGGUUCGCCGUAAUCCAGCGCUGUCCUGCUAAAUCUUUGGGACUCCUCAAUUCCAUAAGCAGUGUUAUGGAUUCAGGACCGCCUCCCGCUCACGAGACGUCAAUACAGCGCUGUACGCUACGUGUCUGAUAAGUGAUCGCAACGGGAAAUCUGGCAAAUGGGCCUCUGGUCAGAACGCGCUACUCGGGAUGCCGGAUGAGCAAUUAUGUUUCGCCAAUGAUGCUGGCGAAGUAAGCUUAUUGGACCAAGCCUCCCGUCUAUCACAGAAGGAAAGACGUAUAGCUGGCGCAGUCCUCGUCACAAGCUCAUCCUUCCAAUGCUGUGCUUGCAUUGCAUUCCGCUGAGGCGGGCGCGGGACUGACCGAUGAAUGGUUGACCUACCGUCGUGUGAGUUGAGGUUGAGGCCUAGAGUUU